AUGAGUUGGGUUCCAAACGAGCAAGGACUUCAACAAGUCAUGGAACUUCUUAUUAACAGUAGGAAGGGAAGUACACAAAUUCAAAAGGAAUGUACUCUGAAGUUACAACAAUUCAACGAUAAUGUUCACGAUUUCAACAAUUAUUUGGUACACAUCUUCUCUAAAUGUAAAGAAGUUGAUCCAGCUGACAGACAAGCAGCUGGUCUUAUUUUGAAAGCUAACUUGAAACAAAAGUUGGUUUCUCUCACUGAUAUUGAAAAGGAACACUUGAGAUUAUUGUUAUUGGAAGCUCUUGGUGAUGAUAUUCCUUUCAUUAGAUCAACAGCCGGAACUCUUAUUGCUUUCAUCUUUUUUUGGGACCAAAUUGAAGCUUGGCCACAAUGUAUUUCACAACUUUUGACUCUUCUUGGUAAUAGUAAUAAUCAACAACUUGUCGAUGGUACAAUGGCUUGUUUAUCGAAAGUUUGUGAAGAUAACUAUGCUCAAUUUGAGGGCGAUUACGCACAACAGCUCACUGUUCUUAUUCCAGUUUUGAUUAAAUUCAUGGAAUAUCCAAAUGAAGGUAUUAGAAAGAAUGCUCUCAGCUCAAUCCUCCAAUUCUUCCAAUUGGAUCCAGUUCCUACUGCCAUUACUGAUAAUAUGGAUGCUUACUUGAGAUCUCUUUUCAAUAUUGCCAAUGAUAAUUCCGUAACUCUUCGUAAAUAUGCUUGCCGUGCAUUUGUCUUGCUUUUGGACAUUCCUCACUAUUUGAAACAAGCCAUUUCUACUGUUAUUGAAUAUAUGAUUCACUGUACAGCCUCUGAUGAUGAAACCUUGUCAUUGGAAGCUUGCGAAUUUUGGACUGUUUUACUCAGUCUUGAUCCAAAGAAUCCAUGUCAACCAUUCUAUCCAAUUCUCCAAAACCAUCUCCCUCAACUUGUUCCAGUUUUAUUGAGUAAGAUGCAAUAUUCUGAAUUUGAACAAGCUUCACUUUUACACGAUUCUGAAAGACCAGACAGAGAUUCUGAUAUUAACCCAUCUGUUUACCACAUCAAACCAAAAGACUCUCUCGAAGAAGAAUACGACGACGAAGAUGAUGAAGACUAUGAAGAUUUUGAUGAAGACGAUUUUGGUGGUGAUAGUGAUUGGUCUUUGAGAAAAUGCAGUGCUACUUCAUUGGAUUUGUUAUCUAACGUUUUUGGAUCCUCAAUUCUUCCAUAUUUGUUACCUCAAAUUGAACAAAAGAUGAAUGGUGAAGUUCCAUGGCCAGUUAGAGAAAGUGCAAUUUUGGCUUUGGGUGCUGUUUCUGAUGGAUGCAUGACUGGAAUGUUGCAACAUCUUCCAAAGUUGAUCCCAUAUCUUCUUGCUGUUAUUAAUGACGAAAAGCCAUUGGUAAGAAAUAUUACUUGUUGGUCUUUGAGUAGAUAUGCCAGAUGGAUUGUUGAACAACCAUUGGACAAGUACUUUGAACCAGUUUUGGCUGCCAUCCUCUCUAAAAUGUUAGAUAACAACAAGUGUGUUCAAGAGGCUGCCAGUUCUGCAUUUGCCACUCUUGAAGAAAAUGCCAAGACACUUGUCAUUCCAUACUUGAAGCCAAUCUUGGAAACUAUUGCUAGUGCUUUCCAAAUCUAUCAAAAGAAGAAUAUUUUCAUUUUGUACGAUGCUAUUAGAACCUUGGCUGACUCUGUAGGCUCUCAUUUGAACAAACCAAUCUUUAUUCAACUUAUCAUUCCUCCACUCAUUACUAAAUGGAAUAAUUUGAUGGAUGACGAUAAGGAUUUGUUACCCCUUCUUGAAUGUUUAACUGGUGUAGCAGCUGCUCUCCAAAAUGGUUUCCACUCAUUUGCUGAACCAGUUUUCCACAGAUGUAUCAAGAUUAUUCAAACUAUCUUUGAAAUUGACCAAAAGAGGCCACAAGAAGCUGACAGAGAAUUUGUCAUUUGUUCUCUUGACCUCAUUGGUGGCAUUCUUGAAGGAUUAGGUCCAAAUGUCAACCAAAUUCUUACUACUUCAAAGUUAUUGGAUGUCUUGUUCAUUUGUAUUAAGGACAGAUUCUCAGACGUCAGACAAAGUGGUUUGGGUGUAAUUGGUGAUUUGGCCAAGAAUGGUAUUGAAUACUUAAAGAAUGGUCUUCCUCAAUUCCUCCCAAUUAUUAUUGCCAACAUUAAUCCAAAGGCCCAAUCAGUGUGUAACAAUGCUUGUUGGUCUUUCGGUGAAAUUACUGUAAAGAUUGGUCCAGAAAUUGCAUCCUACGCCACAGAAAUCUUCCCAAAGAUGAUUCCAAUCCUCAAUUCUCCAUCUACCAACAACUCCCUUGUAGAAAACUUAUCUGUUACCAUUGGUAGAAUUGCAUUGGUUUGUCCACAAAUUGUUGCUCCAAAUUUACCAGUUAUUUGCAAGAAUUUGUGCUUGGGAUUGAGCAAGGUUACUAAUAAGAUUGAAAGAGAACAUGGUUAUGCUGGAUUGUGUGCUGCUAUUAAGGCUAAUCCUUCAGGAGCAGUUCAACACUUCUCAUUCGUUCUCGAUACUAUUUCAAACUGCACUGAUCCAAGCCAAGAGCUCAAGAAUGAAUUUGUGCAAAUUCUCCAAGGUUUCAAGCAAGGAAUGGGUGAUCAAGCUUGGAUUUCUUACUUGACAAGUAUCCCAGAAGAUAUUACCCUUAAACUCAGACAAGAUUAUAACAUUUAAACAAUGGGAUUGAAAGAUAAUUGAUCUAAUCCCAAGGAUCAUUUAAAAUAGAAUAACUCGCGACAACAACUUUAAAUUAAUCAACAUGAAAACAAGGCACAUCAGGACCCUGCCUCAAAACAUCAGCAUCAACAACCAACAUCAGCAAUAAAAUAUUAAAUAAUCAUUAAAA